CGUCGUUCGAAUAAAUGACACGCAAUAGCGAGGAACCAAUAAAAAACGACGCGCAAAUACAGGAGUUUUAUAAAUCAAGUGCAUAACAUACAAACGUUGUGGUGUAAUUUGACUCUUUCGUUUCCUAAAAUCGCAAAGUUCAGUAACAGUGCGGUGUGGCGCGUACGAUUGAUUGUUUUGAUGUCGCACGAAGGCAUGGGCAAGUCCACGGCGUGACUUCCAUGCCCUGCGUUCCUACGGAAGGGCGUGCGGAUUACGUUUACUAUGAAUGAUUUUAUCUUUAUCUCUUUCUAAACUCGUGUAUCUGUGAAUGACCGAGUGUAAUAGCGAGCGUACAAAAUUAUGGAUUGAAAACCGUUUGUUAUUGUAUUUCGGUUCACACCGCAUUGCUGCGGAAUUAUCGGCCGUUAUCUCGUUCGUGGAUCGACGGUGGUGGUUUUAGCGCUAUUAGCAUUUAGCAUAGAACGGGCGGUCAUAUGGCGCCGCCAGGACUGGCUCGUGUGCGGAUUAGUUUCGCAGUUGGUUGCGACGAGUUUACUAUUUACGCACUAUUGAAAAGAGAUAGUACAUAUUUUUAGUCGCGUCGACGGCAAGAAUACAGGCUAGUGACUUUCAUCACAGUGCGUAAACAACUUCAAGGUUAUCCGCCGUGUUUGUGCCAGGGCUGAUGCUGAUAUGGCGGCGAGCUCGGAGGGCGGCGCCGUAGUACGGCAGGGCCACCUCUACAAACUGAAGACCAUGAAGAAGAAAUACUUCGUAUUGCGCGCCGAAACCCCUGUGAGCUCCGCGCGGCUGGAGUACUACGAGUCGGAGAAGAAGUUCCGCUCAGGAGCCAACCCGCGACGCGUGCUGUCUCUCAAGAGCUGCUACAACAUAACCCGAAGGUUGGACUUGAAGCAGAAGCAUGUGAUAGCCUUGUUCACUAAGGAGGAACAACUGUGUAUAGUGGCUGAUAAUGAAGUUGAUUUACACUCCUGGCUCUCAGCUAUCCUCAAGCUGUUCCGAUCAGAUGACACCAGAGAUGAGCUGCUCCAUCCAAUACAACAUGUAUGGCAAGUAAACGUGCAGAAGAAAGGUCUCGGUGCCUCGAAGAACAUCCAGGGUCUGUACAACCUGUGCCUCACGGACAAAACGCUGGCCCUGGUCAAAAUCAAGAGCCAUAACAAUUUCAUCUGCGACCUUGGCAUACCGGAACGAGUAGAGUACUCCUUGAAGAAUAUAAGACGCUGCGGUGACUCGGAGUGCUUCUUCUACAUGGAGGUCGGGCGGCAGACGGUGACCGGCGCCGGAGAGCUCUGGAUGCACUCCGAGGACUCCAACAUCGCGCAGAGCAUGCACUCCACUAUUUUACUUGCAAUGAAAAACUGCGCAAAGGACAAUGAAAACGAAAGAGAUCACAUAGUUGUACCCGCCAAGUCUUCGCUGCUGGACAGCUCGAACCCCCUCCCCGCGCGCCGCCAGACCUACUCCGAUGGGAGGGGGCGCGCCGGCCUCUAUAAUGAGAAGAGCCUGUGUAUGGGGUCGUGUAUCAGGCAAUGCGUGUGCUCGGCUACGCGCUCCAUUGACGACUCGGCCGCGGCCGUCGCGCCUUUGACGCCCAGACACGCCGAAAACCAACCGCCGAAUAACACACUAACGAACGACAAAGCCGACAAGUUAGCGAGGGGGAAUACACACCAACGAUCGGAUUCCCUACCUAGCGGCUGUUCUUUAUUUCAAGAACCCUUAAAGAUUCAUCACGGGCGAACGUACUCAGCCCCUUUGACGGGGGACGAGUUAGAUAGAGCAAUUUUAGAGAAAACAGUGAUGCACUCGUCGUGUAAAGCCGUCAAUGGAAUGGAUUUGUCGUCGAAGAAAACGCCCUGGUGUCGACGCGCAAGCACUGGUACAAGGUUGUCGAAACUGUCGCCGGCGCAUACGAAGACAGAUUCGAGUACACUGCGCAAGCGUUGUGAAACUAUGCCAUCCAGGGUAACCUCCCUCGACACGGAGCGACCGCCCCUUCGGGACACCGAGCUUGAUGGUAUGGACUCAUCGCGCGACGACAUCGACUCUAUAACGGAGUGGUACCGCACGCCGCGGAUACCUGAGGAGCCCGACUGUUGCGACGGCAUGUCCAAGGACUUUAUGAGCUUACACUUUGUCAGCAUGACGACGCGCGGCGGCUCCACGGCGCCCUCGCGCGCGUCGUCGGGCGCGCUGGACGAGCCCGACGCGCUGGACGCGGGCGCGGCCGACGGCUACCUGCCCAUGGCGCCGGCGCACGAGCCCUUCGGCCUGGUGUCCUCCAGCGGCUCCGUGUGCAGCGGCACGCCCUCCACCGACCCGCGCUUCAGCGAGUACCAGCUGGAGCCCGCCAUGUCGCACAUCUCGGAGGAGCGGUCGACGCGCGCCUACAGCGUGGGCUCGCGGCCGGCCAGCGCGCGCACGGAGCCGGCGCGCCUGCGGGCCUACAGCGCGGGCGCGCGCCGCCGCCCCGCGCCCCCCGCGCCCCCCGCGCCCGCGCCCGCGCCGCGCGCCUCCGCCGACGACCUCAUGGAGCUGGACUUCUCGGCCAACUCGCCCGCGCCCAGGGGGAUCCUGGCGCGGACCCCGCCGGCAGCGGGCUUCCUGGAGGCCAAGCGGCCCAACGUGGACGAGUACGUGGACAUGUCCCCGCGCAACGCCAGCGCCGCCGGCUACGUGGAGAUGCGGCCCGGCGACCUGCCGCCGCCCGCCGCCGCGCCCGACGGCUACGUGGAGAUGACGUGCGGCCGCGCGCCCACGCGCCCCAUCGCCAUCGCCACGCCGCGCCAGCCGCCGCCGCAAGUUGCAAGUUCCCCCGACGAUAGAAGGAGAAGAAGAGAACCGAGAACGCAUCACGGCUCUCAAACCUUAUUUCACAUGUCCCCUUCGUCGCCACCGGAGAACGAUAUCACUCAUAUGGAGGACGACCAUCAUUAUUUAACAACUGUCCGAGAGAUAUCCGAAGAUGGCCGGAAAAGUCCGGAAAGCCGGGCGGAUUCCGGGGAAGUUUCGUCGUCGCCCCAAUAUGUGAAGCUGGCGAGGGGGCUCCCUAUUGGCAGUAAGUCUCCGGAACCGGAGGAACUGCCUAACAAUCCCACUGCCACGAAGACUAUUAUGAGGGCAGAGGAUGUUAGAGAGGCGGUGGCGGGCGGCCUGCACUACGCGGCGCUGGACCUGGAGCCGCGCCGCGCGCCCGCCGCGCCCGCGCACCGCAUGUACACGCAGAUAGACUUCACCCGCAGCGAGAAGUUCGCGCCCGACGCCACCUAGCCGCCGAGACAGGUGGGCUGCGACUCCGAGCUUGCCUUGCUAUACUCCAAAAUAAUUAAUAAUACAAAGAAUUACAUUAAGAGAUAUCACCCACACGGCUCCACUCCGCUCCGCACUCGCCGAGCUCCGGAGCGCACCUCCACGGUAACCUUGGAUUAACGACGCUACUCACUAAAUUAUUAAAACCUCACGGCGGAAUUGACUGUACACCUGGAUUGCGACGCUCCUUUUCACGUCCGCCGCAUUGCAUGGAACAGUACGUAAAUACGUGAUAUUAACGCACUAUUUGCCAUUAAGAUGUUUGAGAAUUUAUUUAUUCAUUUAUUCAGUGUCAAUUCUAUUACAAUGUCAUAAAUACAUUAACAAAAACCGAAGUCAAUCUAAUGU